AUGUCGACUCGAAAGCGGGCCCUGGCCCGGAAUCGCCUGGAAUUCGGCCCCGAACUUAGGGACGUUAUCGAUCAGGCGCCCUUCUGCCUUCCGGAACUGCGAAUGGCACCCCCAGAUCAGGCACGUGGGUCCGGACCUUCCUCUGGGCUCAUCGGCAUUGCUAGGAACAACGACGGAGGUGAUGGAAUGGAAGAAACAGAGGCGGAAGAAAAGGAAAGGAACGCAGCCAAGAGGAAGAGGGACAAGGUGGUGGUCAACAAAACCCCCCGGAAUCGUCCUGUGAGCAAAUCCAUUAUGGAAGCCUUGUGGACGACAUUUAAAAUGAAGCAUCAGGUCAGGACCGCUGAAGCAGUAAGACUGGCCGGAGAUUUGGCGAUCUCCUUUCCAGGGGUUACAGCCUGGUUCCAGAGCACCAGAAGGAAACAUCAGGAAAUGGCUAAGGUCCAGAAGAAGGCGACAAAGUCUGCGCAGGAUGAAGUCUUCCACAGCCCACUGCACGUGCUCCCCUUAAAACGGAUUGGGAAGGGCAAUUCCUUCUACGUCUCCAGCUCCGCGCCCCAACACAAGCCCAGAGGGAUUCAGAAAUCCCACCACCUCCGGUUCUUGAAAACACAGUACCAUUGA